AAACUACAGCGCCCUCUAGGAGGCACAGAGCGCUGGCCAUGGUGCUGACAGCCUGUUUUGGUCUCCAUCCAUCAUCCUCAGUCUGAUAUGUCACUUACUUUGGGGCCAAAUCUCAUCUCACAUAGAUUCUUAAAUGCUUACAAAAUCUUAAAGUGCAAAGAUCUGUAAGGUGAAAAUAAUGAAUAAGGAGCAAUGUUGUUAGCAAAAGAAAAUGACCAGUAUGCCAGUAGUUACUUGUCAUGAUAAUUUAUUAUAAAUGUAUUAUUAUCUGCACUGAAUGGGUCUGACAGGUUUGUGAAAGCAUUAUACUUAAUCUCUUUGUCAUACCAGACUGCUGAGAAAGAGCAGCCCUGCAUUUCAACUGUCAGUCAGUGGAUGAAUGUCCAAUGCUCACACUAGACAUUCAGAGAAAAACCUUUAAAAUGGUUCUUUUGUCUUGAAAAAUAGCAUAAUCCUUUUGCUUCUGUAAAGAGCAGCGCCUCUACAGAACCAUAGGACCUAAGAAGUGUAUUUAUACAGUUCAGUAGAACCGACAAACACUUGGAAAACCCAGCUUUUAUCUAUCAUUUUGCGCCAAAAUUUACGUUUACAUUUUAAUCUGCCAAACUGCUUCCAUUCCAAGGAAAAUAUUCUCAAAGAGUAGAGGAGAUAAAAGGGGUCAUAGUGAAGCCUUGUCAUCCUUAUACAGCUGUAUAGGUUUUGUUUUUGUUUUUUUAAUGUUAUUAAUAUUUAGAGGAAUCCCCGGACAGAGAAGGUGCCAAACAUUUUGGAAGCCUUAAUCCUUCUGGUGCUCUUACCAUAGAAAUGUUUCUUAUUCAACGCAGGGAAAUGUGUCACAUUGCCAGAGACCCCGGCAAUCUCCCCUGCUCUUGCAUCAUUUUCUCACAGUAUAAAACGCCAGCUUUUGUGCGCAUGUUCCACUGGCUUUUUGUGUCGUCGCUCAUUCUCCAUUGGCUCUCCGUCCGCUCUGCGCUCAGCCUUUACGCCGGGUCCAGCCUUCGCUGUGCAGAGUGCGUGCACCGAACGUGCGAGAGUACAUCUAACCCACGCUGCCUGGAACCGGACUGGGCUUCCCACGCUGUUCUGCUGAGGAAAAGAUGGAGAACAAGAGCGAGAUCAACGGGCACGCCAUGCCCGGCUCGGCCUCCACCGACCGGAUCCUGGACAAAAGCGGGCAGAAGAGCUGCAGGGAAAAGCUGAUGGAGUUUCUGAGCAAGAACCUGCUGGUGAUCAUGACGGUGUCCGGGGUGCUGGUGGGCGUUGGGCUCGGCAUGAUGGUCCGCAACAUGAACCUGACCAAAGCGCAGAUGACCUACUUCGCCUUCCCCGGAGAGAUGCUCCUCCGGAUGCUGAAGAUGAUCAUCCUGCCCCUGGUCGUUUGCAGCCUCGUAUCCGGCGCCGCCAGCCUGGACACCCGCUCCCUGGGCAAGCUGGGGGGCAUCGCGGUCGCCUACUUUCUGGUGACUACACUGAUCGCCUCGGGGAUCGGGGUGGCCCUGGCCUUCAUCAUCAAACCCGGCGUGGGCGCAGGAGCCCUCAACACCAACAGCCUGGGACUGGAGAGUGUCAGUAGCGACAAGGAGACAGCUGACUCGUUUUUAGAUCUGGCCAGGAAUUUAUUCCCAGCGAACUUGGUGGCUGCUGCUUUCCGUUCUUAUGCCACUGACUACAAGAUGGUUGCUGUAGGGAAUGACACCAACGGGACCACCCUCUAUCAAAAGGUGCCUGUUGGUACAGAAACAGAUGGCAUGAACAUCCUGGGUCUGGUGUUAUUCGCCAUGGUGUUUGGCGUGGCGCUGAGGAAACUGGGAGACGAGGGGGAGGAACUCAUUCGUUUCUUCAAUGCUUUCAACGAGGCCACCAUGGUGCUGGUAUCCUGGAUCAUGUGGUAUAUCCCUUUUGGCAUCAUGUUCCUGGUUGGCAGUAAGAUUGUGGAGAUGGAAGAUGUGGUUCUUCUGGUGACUAGUCUGGGAAAAUAUAUCUUUGCUUCGAUCCUGGGCCACAUUAUCCACGGAGGCAUCGUCCUGCCCCUCAUCUACUUCGGUUUCACACGCAAGAACCCUUUCAGUUUCCUUUCGGGCCUCAUCACGCCCUUCACCACCGCCUUUGCUACCUGCUCCAGUUCAGCAACUCUUCCCUCUAUGAUAAAGUGUGUCGAGGAGAACAACGGUGUAGACAAACGAAUCAGCCGCUUCAUCCUUCCCAUCGGGGCCACAGUUAACAUGGACGGGGCAGCCAUAUUUCAGUGUAUUGCUGCAGUCUUCAUAGCUCAGCUCAACAAUGCUGAGCUAAACGCCGGACAGAUCUUCACAAUCCUGGUUACAGCCACAGCCUCCAGUGUCGGUGCAGCAGGCAUCCCAGCUGGCGGCAUCAUCACCAUUGCCAUCAUCCUGGAGGCUAUCGGCCUACCAACCAACGACCUGUCCCUCAUGCUGGCUGUUGACUGGAUUGUGGAUCGUACCACCACAGUGGUGAACGUGGAGGGCGACGCUCUAGGCGCUGGAAUCCUUCACCACAUCAACCAGCAGGAGAUGAAGAAGCAGCCAGAGCAGCAAGAGGAGCUGGCGGAGGUCCGGGUGGAGGCGGUGGCCAAUGUCCAGGCAGAGGAGGAGACCUCGCCGCUUGUCACGCACCAAGCCAAAGCCUUAGCGGCCAUGCCGGAAGCCAUAGAGUCAGUCCUGUGAACUCAAGGAGACUUUUUUUCUUGCCCACUGACCUUCCGACACAUCUAUACUUCUGACGUUGCUGCUGAUGGGACACCAACCUGACUUAAUGUCCGUUCAAAAAAAUGAGGCCACUGAUGGUUUCACCUGUGAAGAAAAACAAAGUGCGAUAGUUCUAGUCUGUCUAGAGCAA